AUGGUUCGAAAGAUGAAUCCAGGUACGAUCACGCAUUUGGAGGUGGAUGAAGAUUCUAAAUUCAAAUAUGUUUUCCUAGCAUAUGGAGCAUGCAUCAAAGGAUCUCGUUGCAUGAGAAAGGUUAUUGCGGUGGAUGGGACUUGGUUGAAGACCAAGUACAAAGGUGUAAUGCUCAUUGCAACAGCACAAGAUGGUAAUUUUCAUCAAUAUCCUAUUUCUUGGGUUGUGGUUGAUUCAGAGAAUGAUGCUUCAUGGUCAUGGUUCCUUACAAAGUUACAAGAACUUAUACCAGAUGAUAGUGAUUUAGUCUUUAUUUCAGAUAGAAAUCAAAGCAUCAUCAAUGGGGUGUCAAAUAUUUAUAGGAAGUCACAACAUGGGCAUUGUAGGUGGCAUCUGUCUCAGAAUAUUAAAGCACGUGUCAGAGUUAAAGGUGUCAUAAAAUUAUUCGAAGAAACUGCCAAUGCCUAUAAAGUUUCCGAUUUCAACAAACUCUAUGAUGAAUUGAAGAAUAGGUAUCCCGUAGCAGUGAAGUAUCUUGAAGAAUCAAAUCUCACACUUAGUAAAUGGGCGAGAUCUCACUUUACAGGUUGUCGGUACAAUAUUAUGACUACGAAUGGUGCAGAAUCUAUUAAUGCAGCACUGAGGGAACCUAGAGAGUACCCUAUCAUUGCGUUGUUGGAGGCUAUGCAGGCAAAAGUCUCUGAGUGGUUCAACAAUCGCCGCAAUAUUGUGGCAUCUAUCAAUACAAAGUGUACACCUUUAACUCCAAAGGCAGAGAAUAUUAUUCGAAAAAGAUUCAAGAAAGCAUCGGAAAUGAAUGUGAAACAACUUAACCGAUUUGAGUAUGAGGUUACAGGUAAAGAAAAUGAUGCCAUAAUUGAUUUAGGUCAAAGACAAUGCUCAUGUCGUGUCUUUGACCUUGAUCAACUUCCAUGUGUGCAUGCAUUAGCAUCAUAUGAGCAAGCUGGAAUAGAAGUGUAUGAUUUGUGCUCUAAUUAUUAUAAGUUGGAAACUUGGGCGUUGGCUUAUGUUGAUACCAUUUAUCCAGUCCCUCAACAAGAAGAUUGGGAUAUCAAUGAAGUUGAAGUAUUGCCGAAGGUAUUGCCUCCAAAUGUCCCAAUCAAGCGUGGUAGAGCAAAAUUGAAAAGAAUCCCAUCAGUUGGUGAGGGAAAAAAAUGGAUAAAAAGGUGUGGUCUAUGCGGGCAGCCUGGUCACUCCAAAAAAACAUGCCCCUUAUGA